GUACACCUUCCCCUGUGAGUGCUGCUAACGAGCGGAGCGGCCGGUGUAGCCCACAGCAUGGAUUAGGGCGCUGCUCCCCGUCCUCCCCAUACACCAUGCAUCUACCGCGUUGCACAUGACGACAUAAUAACAAAUAACUCCGGCCGAUAAGAAGGGGCUGCUGUGUCGGCACACAAUAAAGCUUGCUAAGGAUUGAAUAGCAGGUUCUCUCUCCGCUCGCGGUGUCCCCGCCUAGUCCCCGCCCCGCUGCUGCCGGGCUGUCAGCCCGUGGAUGUGUGGCUCCUCCUCUUCCUCCUCUCAGGUUAGGUUGCCUCCCUCUUUUGUGAGUUAUAGCAACUGUUGCCUUGUGAAUCCAGCGCCAUAGCCACCGUAGUCCUGGCGACUGUUACCCAUCAACAACAACUACUCCUCUCCUCCUCAUCCUCCUCCUCCUCCACCACCAUCACCACCACCAUCAUCACCUCUCCUACCUCCUCAUCUCCAUCCUCCCCAUCACCCACCACAGGCACCAACAGCAACACCACAAUAAUCCACAGCCAAGAUGCGGCUGAAAAACAAUCUAGAUGAAGUUACAGCAGCAGGAACAUGCCAAGACCAUGCCAUCGAGACUCACAGAAACUGGAUGCAGCAUGGAGGUGACAUGUUCAUUUUGAGGAAAGGGUUGGAAGGAUGUGAAGUGGGGAAGACAACCAUGCAGACGUCCGAGACAGUGUCGGACACGGGUUCGACAGUGACAUUACAGACAUCUGUGGCGGGUCAAGCAGCAGUACCAACCCAAGUCGUGCAACAGGUACCAGUGCAGCAGCAGCCCAUCUCUGAAAAUGGAACACAAUUUCUAUCCUUCGCAAAAUGGAUGGCAGAGGGGGGACCUGUAAAUGACAUCACUGCUGUGGCUGCCUGCAUAACACAGCACUCUGAUGAAGAGGGAAAGGGCAUGGUGCAGCAGGUACAGACCGUUCAGCAAGUGCAGCAUGUCUACCCAGCACAGGUACAAUAUGUUGAAGGAAGUGAUGCUGUCUACACAAAUGGAGCAAUUCGGACAACAACAUACCCUUACACAGAAACUCAGAUGUACAGCCAAAAUACUGGGGGUAGUUACUUUGACACGCAGGGUGGAUCUGCACAGGUGACUACUGUUGUUUCAUCUCACAAUAUGGUGGGCACUGGAGCAAUUCAGAUGGGGGUCUCUGGAGGACAAAUCAUUAGCAGCACUGGUGGAACAUACCUGAUUGGCAACUCCAUGGAAAACUCAGGCCACUCUGUCAGUCACACAACCCGUGCCUCUCCAGCAACAAUUGAAAUGGCGAUUGAGACACUGCAAAAGUCUGACGGCCUUUCAAGUCACAGAAGCUCUCUUCUCAACAGCCAUCUCCAGUGGUUGUUGGAUAACUAUGAGACCGCUGAAGGAGUGAGUCUUCCCAGAAGUACUCUUUACAAUCAUUACCUUAGACACUGUCAAGAGCACAAGCUAGAUCCAGUCAAUGCUGCAUCCUUUGGAAAACUUAUCCGCUCCAUAUUCAUGGGACUCCGAACAAGAAGGCUGGGGACUAGGGGUAACUCCAAAUACCAUUAUUAUGGGAUUCGUGUCAAGCCAGAUUCCCCUCUUAAUCGGUUACAAGAGGACAUGCAAUAUAUGGCUAUGAGACAGCAACCCAUGCAACAGAAACAGAGGUACAAACCUAUGCAGAAAGUGGAUGGAGUGGGAGAUGGAUUUGCAGGGACUGGACCACAGACAGGUGCAUCUGUUGAGCAAACUGUAAUUGCCCAAAGUCAACACCACCAACAGUUUUUAGAUGCGUCUAGAGCACUUCCAGAGUUUGCAGAAGUUGAAAUAUCUCCUCUGCCAGAUGGUACAACCUUUGAAGAUAUCAAGUCACUGCAGAGUCUUUAUCGGGAGCACUGUGAGGCAAUACUGGAUGUUGUUGUAAACCUGCAAUUUAGCCUGAUUGAGAAGUUAUGGCAGACCUUCUGGCGCUACUCUCCGUCCUCUACAGCUGAUGGCACUACCAUUACAGAAUCUGGCAACCUGAGUGAAAUGGAAAGCAGACUGCCAAAAUCAACGCUGAUUUUGCUCUGCAAAAAUGAAUCUAUAUUGAAAUGGAUGUGCAACUGUGACCAUGUGAUGUACCAAGCUUUGGUGGAGAUCCUCAUCCCUGAUGUCCUAAGACCAAUUCCUAGUGCCUUGACCCAAGCCGUUCGUAAUUUUGCAAAAAGCCUUGAAGGUUGGCUUUCUAGUGCCAUGAGUAAUAUUCCACAGAGAAUGGUACAAACCAAGGUUGCUGCUGUAAGUGCCUUUGCUCAAACUCUGCGAAGAUACACAUCUCUCAAUCAUUUGGCUCAGGCAGCGCGUGCUGUGCUCCAAAACACUUCUCAGAUUAACCAGAUGCUCAAUGACCUCAACCGUGUGGACUUUGCCAAUGUCCAGGAGCAGGCUUCCUGGGUGUGCCAGUGUGAUGACAAUAUGGUGCAAAGACUAGAAACCGACUUCAAAAUGACUCUUCAGCAGCAAAGCACUUUGGAGCAGUGGGCUGCCUGGCUGGAUAAUGUGGUGACACAAGCACUGAAGCCGUAUGAAGGAAGGCCCAGCUUUCCUAAGGCAGCACGACAGUUCCUGCUUAAAUGGUCAUUUUACAGUUCCAUGGUUAUUCGCGACUUAACCUUGCGCAGUGCUGCUAGCUUUGGCUCUUUCCAUCUGAUUCGCCUUCUCUACGAUGAAUACAUGUUUUAUUUAGUUGAACACAGGGUUGCCCAGGCAACUGGAGAAUCCCCAAUAGCAGUCAUGGGAGAGUUUGGUGACUUAAAUGAUGCAUCUCCCGGAAAUAUGGAAAAAGUUUCAUGGUUAUUUGUUUGUGCAGAUGAGGGCAGCGAAGUGGAGAGUGAAAUGGAUGAGGAAUUGGAUGACUCUGGAGAGCCUCAAGCCAAGAGGGAGAAGACAGAGUUGGGUCAGACAUUCCAGGUGGGCUGCAUGCAGCCGUCACUAGAGGGCAGCGUCCAGCAGAGCCUGGUUCUGAACCAAAUACACAGCGAGCACAUUGUCACAAGCACUCAAACCAUCAGGCAGUGCAGUGCCACUGGGAAUACCUACACUGCAGUCUAGUGAAUAUGAAAGCUUUCAAAACAGAAAUUUAUAAAUAUAUGUAUGUUGGGCUUAAAAGUGCGGCAGUAGAACAGAAUAUGCCUAAAGGUCGACUGUUGUCAAAUUUUCCUAUUGUGACCUUAACUUUUUUGUCAACCUUGCCCCAAGCACAGUUUCAUUGACUUCUCGCAGUGUACAAGGUGUUUUUUUUUUUUUUGUGCUUGGUUUUAAUCUUGGCCUUUGUUAUUCCUUUUUUAAUUCAUGUUAUUCUUUGGAGUAAUUGUAUCACAAUUGAUGAUUCCUCAAUGUCCCACUGGAGUUAUUUUAAAAACUAAAUUUUGUCGUUAAUUUUUUUUUUGUUUUGUUAUUGCCGUGUUUAUCGUAGUUACUUUCAUUGUUGCACUUCUUUAAAAGAAAAUGAUCACUUACACUGGAGAAAUAGGUGCGGCAGCAGACGCACGACAAAAAUAUGGGGAAACCCCAUACCUAUGUAAGAUAAGAUAUUUAUAAGUAUGAAUUGUUUUGGCUGUUGUUCUGUUGUACAAAGGAGUAUUCAAGCAUCUUCUUUUUCAUCCUAAAAGUCAAUAUCAUGGCCUGCAGAAAACAAUGCAGGAAGCUAAAGUUGUAAUACAAGUGAAAAGUAUGCUUUUGUCUAACAGUAAACAACGCUAACAAUUUCCGUUAAUUGUAUCCAUCUAUUUUAGAAUGAUAUUUGCAAACUGUGGGGGUCACUUAGCAACAAUGCAUUUUUACUUGUGUUAGGAAUCGCUCCAAAACUUCAAAUCCAUUUUACAGGACCUGGAAGUGCACGAGCAGCUCCUCCGUUGGGAUACUACUGAUUGUGCAUGAGUACCAUUGCACAAAUCAGAUAUGCUUCCCAGCAUAUCUGACAGGAGAUGGUAUGAAAUAUAACAAAAGGACACAUGAUGACCUAAAUCUUUAACCUCUUCACCCCUGAAAGGCUUGCUAAUGAUUUGCGAAAGUGUGAGGUCAUCACAUAAAAAGGCCUUUUUUUUUUGGUCAGGAUGUUAGUGGGAGGAAAAUUCCCAGAUGGGAACCAAACUCUGCAGUGUCAAGAUUCAAAUAAAAACUCAGGGAAGUUGGGGUUAAAGAAACAAAUGUGCUGAAUAGAUAAGAACCAACAUUAGAGGUUUGUGUUCCUUCUACUCUGGAAACACUCUUUCAUAACAGUAGUUCAUUCUGCUGCUAUUACACUGUAUAUAUAUAUAUAUAGAUUCAUAUAUAUAUAUACAUAAAUAUGUGAAGAAUAUAAUUUAUAGAAUGCAAGGAAUGUAGCAACCUGCAUAGUAUUUUAAGAUUGGGAACUGAUAACCAAGUUCUUAGAUCAGCUGUUCUUGAUACCGAUGUUAAAAUAUUGAUAUUUUUUGAGACUACCAUUCAAUCUAGCUUUCUUUCUCAGGUGCAGCUGUAACUGUACUACGAAGCUCUCCCGUAUUCCUCACUGGAUUAGCCAGCCAUGAUUCCAGCUCACAGGCUUUUAGGUGGCACUGUGCUUAAUGCUUUUAUAGAAGACUGGAAGAGUAAAACACUAUUAUUAGGAUUCUAUUCAUCUAUUUUUAUAUUGUCCCCAGAGAUGAUGGGCUAAUAUAUUGUGGUUGGAACAGUCACUAUUAGGUGAAAUGCAGUAACUCCAGCAACGUUACUGACGUUAGCAUUUCAUGCCGUGGUCCUCUUACAGUGUAUAUUUCUUUUUCUGUCUUCAUUUAACACUAAUUAUACUGAAACACUAUUCUCCUGAUUUUGGUUAGGAUGCCAAAGAAUGAAAAUCAGUAGUCCGUAAAUGUAUUUUAUUGCAAAAGCUUAGACCAUAACCACAUCAAUGUCACUGUAACUUAGACAUGUUCCUUGCCUAAAGCUGGCUACACAUCAGAACAAUGUGUAGCUGGCCAAUCCGGCGGGCGGCGGGACCCUGAAUCUGCAAGUUAAUACACACUUGCACAAUGCAGGGGGAAACUGAGCGACAGAACAUGCCAUGCUGCAUUAGGCAGUAUGGCAUGUUCAUGAUGUCUUCUGGUUGACCCUGCAGCACGAGCAACAAGAAGACAUCGCUAAUUACCUGAGGGAGCACACAAUCACAGGUAUACACUGAACGAUCCAGCCAAUAUGUAGUUCCAAUUUGGCUGGAAACGACUUUACAGUCUGAGAUCGUUCUAGAGUGUACCCAGCUUAACAAGGGAGACAUACGUAAGACAAAGCUUGUGCGGGCUAUGAGUAAAUGUAGGGGAUUGUGACUGUAUCACCUAUGUCUACUCAGUUUCCAACCAUCCAGUCGCCCAACCAGUGGCAUCCUGCCAUGCUCUAAUGAUGUCUUUCUCACUGUACCACCACAGCCCCCUUUCCUCUUUAGGUGAGAGUAAGUAAGGGAAUUAUGAUAAAAGUAAUGGCUCUGUAGGCAGACAGUGCUAUCUCUGUAGAAGGAAGCUAACAAUGAACAUUUUUAUAAAUCAUUUUCCACACCACACAAAGACAAACAAUAAAAUGGGUCAAUGUGCCUUUAAAGGAAGCUUUAUUGAAUGUAGCUCUUACAUAUUUUAGCCACAGAAUCAGAACCUGCUGUAUUAAUGUGAGUAGGAUAACGUGUGUGAAAAGACUACAGUGUGUGUAAUACAUUUGGGCAGUGUACCUGGCACACCUCAUUGGAACUUCUCCCCAUUCGCGUAGGGUUUAAACAGGUGGCUAGACACACCAUUGCCAUUUAAGAAUGUACAUCAGGGAUCACAGUACCUCGCCUAUUUAAUGGUGCCUUAAACAGAACUGAAGCUAAGGUGUAGUUGUCUUUAUUUUCUUUCUUGUUAAUUAGUUUUCAGCAAGGUGUGCCUGUUGUUUUUAAAGCCCACAGAAGUGGGGAAAAUUCCUAAUUUUGUAAGACAUUAGUAACCGCUUUUUGCUGUUCUAGAUCGAAAAUAUACAGAUUCUCCUCUAUGUCUCCCCCUUCCCCAUUUUGUAACUAAAUGUAUUUUGCUUUUGUGCAAGUAGCAUUUUAUUGGGAUUGUGGGAAUUAUCUCCAUGGGCAGCUGCGUGUGCUUAUUUCUGUAGAAAGCAAAAACAUGUCAGCGAGCAGAUUCAUUCUUGCCAAAAGGGUCAGCAUAGAUGCAAUGAUGUUUAGCCCUUUAGGGACAGCAGGGUGUGCAGUCAAAUGAAAACCCUGCAUAUCAUGUCCUGUAUGCACUGAGGUCCGUUUCAUGCAUGGUUUGUCCAUGCCCUGAACAAUGCAAAAACAAAUGUAAUGAGAAAAUAUUAAUUGAUAUCAAUUAAAGUAAAUGGCCAGGAUGGAAUAUACAGUUAGAAAAUACACUAUUACACUUUAGAAAAAUAAAUCACGAAAAUCACACUAGAACGGUACGGGAAAUUAAAGGAUCUUUUGAUUUUUUCUUUUUCCCCCAUAUAAAUUUGUAAAAAAAAUAUAUAUAUAUAUAUAUAUAUAUAUAUGGUACAUCUGCUUUUUUUAGUGAUUUAGAGGAUGAGUCUGGUUGUCCUCACAAUGUUCGCCUAUUACAAAAUAAGCACAAUUUCUGCUUUUUAGACACAACAGACCCAAAGGAAAGUGUAACAAUUAAAUGAGCAAUGUGCACAGUAUGAUGAAACUAACAUGUCCAGACUCCAAUGUAGCAUUUUUUAGAAAUAAAUACUAAAAUAUUGAAUAAACUUCCCAAAUACUUUCAUAAAUCAAUAAUACUUUAUUUCACAGAUCAAUCAUAUAUUGUUUUAAAAUUCUGCUAGCAGUCAGUGAGAUACAUAGCUCUGAACACUACCGAUCAUUACUUUAGUUACAUAUAGUUGCCUCCUUUAUGUACCUCAUAUGCUAGGUCCACUAGGGUAUUAUCAUUACAUGAAUGAGAUCAGUUUCUCAUCUUCAUUUUAUUAAAAAAUUGUCCUCUUCUGCUUUUCUGUUAAACAUGCCAUAUAUACAACAGGGAGCUAGGGUAUUACCAUGCUUGUGAACAAAAUCAUUGAGGUCCAAGGUGUUGGCUACCCGUUAAACUAAAAUUAUCUAGAGCACAGGUUCUCAAACUUGGUCUUCAGGACCCCACACAGUGCAUGUUUUCCAGGUCUCCUCACAGAAGGAGCUCUACUUGUGGAUCUAUUAAAAUGGGUCAGUGAGUAAUACACCGGUGCACCUGCUAGGUGACCUGGAAAACCGAAACUGUUUGGGGUCCUGAGGACUGAGUUUGAGACCCACUGAUCUAGAGCUUGCCAUAUAUGGGUCAAACCAAAUCUACACUAUAAUACUGUUUUGGUCAUGGUCACAUGGCCGUUUUAGGCCGCUAAGAUUUUCUGACUAGUAAACCAUUGAGCACUAACUGGAUGUACAGUGAUGUAUGCUCACUCAGCAUAGCCUCCUCUGUCAGAUUGCUGCAUUCGAAAACUCAUGGGCUGGGAAUUCGCUUGGCGCUACAAAAAUAUAUAUUGAUAAUAGUAAAUGUGAGAAUCAAACCCUUUAUUUCUUUAAAUCUAUCUCUAGCAUUUAGAGUGAAAGGAGUGGAACAAAUAUUUUUUAAACAAAAUUGGGCAAGAUUUUACAAAAUUCACCAAAAAGCGUUAUUUUUUUUAAAAUGAAAAACAAACACUUAUUGCUGGCAAGUAAUGAAGUAGUACACGUGGUAUGAUUAAAAAUAUUUUUGGUGCUGACAGGUCAUUUAUGAUAACUAGUUGGUGGUAUUUUUUUUUAGGUUUAUUCCAUACGCUAUUGUUUACACAGAGAGUUAAUUGUUGAACCUGUAUUUCAUAGUGCCUAUCUGUUACAUAUGUCUAUUCCAUUUCAUACAAAUACAUUAGUUUCAGGUGUGUUGUGCCUAAUCCAUGUGUAUUGGAUGAAUACGCUCAUCUCAAUUGCUCACUCUGGAAAUAUGUUCAAGGACAGGGUCCACACUACAAUGAUUGCAAAGUUAAACACAACAAUUUAAAGGGAUCACCUUAUAUAUCCAUCCAACUUGUUCAUGACCUCUUAAACACUUUUUUAUAUGUCAUAAUGUCUAUACUAAUGCUAAACGUGAAGAGCAAAUGUUUUCAGCUUCAGAAAUGUUCCAAAACAUUUUUGGACAUGCAUUUAAUAGACAAGAAUUGUACAGUAAGUGAAUACUUCUAGCUUGGGCAUUUACAGUCAGACAAAAAUAGCGUUCUCAACCAAUUGCCUGCUUUCACUUCUGCCUUGACACACCAGUCACAAAUAAGUCAGGCAGAGUAUUCUAAAUAAAUAUUUACAGGGAAUUAAAGGAAUAUACUAUUUUCACUGGGAUUACUAAAUAAAUCCAUAUUAGCAUAAUUUGCAAGGUUCAGGUUCUGUCCAUGUAUUUCUGAUUACUACUGACAUAAUUCUCCCCUAUAACAAUGUUCUUUUUAAUUAUCUACAAUGAUUCUCUUGACUUGCCUGUGUCUGCCAGAUUGUGGCUUUAGCUGCGUUAUACAGAAAGUAGCACCAACCCUUUGAGUACUAGAGGAAUGUUAUGCAUUGACUUUGCCUUUCCAGUGUCAUAAGGGUUGAAAAUACCUCUUCGGUCUGUAUAACCAAUAAUCUAUCUACAAAACUGUGGCAAAUAGUUACAAAAUAAAUCUGAUAAACACUACUUAUUUGGGUAAUUAUAAGACAAAAAACUGGAAUAGAAUCAUAAUAUGUAUUAUUAUUAUUAUUAUUAUUAUUAGAUUGUUUAUUAUUGUAAAGAUGUGCUUAACCCUUUGAGCAUUGUAAAAUACAGAAACUCCGUUCUACUUCAUAUGCAACAGACCCAUUUAUGGAUAAAUGGCUUUCUAUCUUCUAUAGGUUGGAUGUAGUGGAUGUCAUUUUAAAAGUUUAAACAAAAUGCAGCCUUUAGUCACGUUAUUAUUUGAUGAACGGAAAAUCUAUUAUUUCUAGUAGAAACUUCAUAAAUUAUUCAUACAAUUUAUUAUAUGCUAGCUUUUGAAACUGAACAAUAUAAAGUGAUUACCACCUAGAAAGGGACAUCUUUAUAAAGAAAGAAAAAAUCAUAGCUUACCCUCCAAUAAACUGUUGUCCUGUCCUCUGUGUACAGUUAUCCAGCGUUCUGUCCUAAACAUCAAAUGUAGUAGAAGGUACUCUUCUUUCUUAUGUUUGAAGGAAGGUUAUUAAACGGCGUAAUAAUAUAAACCCUUUUAGCACUAAAAAUACUCCCAUAGGCCUUUUGUAGAGUCCCCGCUGUAAAAAGUUUAACAGUCUGCAACACAGGACAGGUCCAGAGAAAAAUGGUAUGUGACAGUGCACUAUAGACCUGCUUUAUGUUUGUAAGUAAAGUAAAAAAAAAAGGAACAUUUAUACUUUUCUGUGCAGGGUAAAUACUGGCUGCAUUUAGAUGUGGCCCAGCUUUAUUUUUUUACACUGAAAUUUAGAUUACCGUUUAACUUAACCCUCCCAAAUCUAACUCUCUGCCCAUGUUACAUCUGCCCCACCUGCAAUGCAACAUGGUUUUGCCUAGUUGCUUGCUUUUUUGCUUUACUUACAAACAGAUCAGGCCCUAAAUCUGCAAACACAUAAAUUAAAUACAGGGCAAAAAUCAAAGUGGUUAAAAGCAGCAUAAAGUAACGGUAUCAGCCAAGGACAACUCAGAAAAUUGAUAAUUUGCACAAAUUUUAUUUAAUAAUUUAUGACUUUUAUUUUUAUUGUUUUCCCUUUUUUUAGUGUAUUUGGAAGUUUGUUAUUAUUAUGAUGCCUGCAAAUGUUGUAAAGCGUGCAGCUGUGAUUCAUCACAACAGUUGCAGUCCUACUUGAAAUAGUUUUAUGGCAAUAUCACUGACAUGGGUUUUAUUUUUACAGUAAAGUCAUAGUUUACAGAAAUGACUGUCAAAUAAAUGAUAUACUAGCAUCCAUUUGUUUCAAAAACUAUUCUCAUUAAAAAAGCUCUAAAGUUCAAACUUACAAUUGUUUGACAAAAUAUUCCAGAUACAUAGUACAGUACAUUAUAUUAUAAAUCCCUUCUUAGAAUAUUUAUUUUGUAAAGUACUGGAUUAGUCAAAAUGUGAAAGGGAUGAGGCAAAAUAGAUAUUACAUAUAAGUUCAAUGCAGCAGGCUAAACACUUAUAGUAUAUUUGUAGUGCGUCACAAUUAAAGUUAUUUGUAUUUGUAGUGACGUAGAUCAUAUGUAACACGCAGGUAUCUAAUGUUAUUCAUUCUUUGGUAUUGAUUUCCAUGUAAAAUUAACGUUUGGAUGUAAGAUAAGGUGGUUGUUAGGUUUACAUGGCUGCCCACUUCUGACUAUACAUAUAGUACAUAUGUUCUUACAGCUGUACAAUACUCAAAGGGUUGUAGUUUGGCAAUUAUUCUGUUGAUCUUUACAAUUAUUUAGUGUAAAUGCUUCUUGGUUUGCAUGCCUUGAUCAUUGCUGCUAGUGGUUGUACGUGCCAGUAGAAAUUAGUAGAGUUUACCUAUUUUGCUUAGUGAAAGCCACUUACAAAGUGACUGCCGAUUUGCUUUUGUUCUGUUUGAGUUGUUACUGGUUUAUUUAAUCAUUUACUACAUGCCUUAUGUUUUAACAUUGGCUUUAAAAAUUCAGGGAAUGAAAGCCUCGAGUUCCAAUUUUUUUUUAGUAAUGAAUUGUGAAUAGACGGCAAAUUUGUGGCCAUGCUAUAAAGGACUACGUCUUCAGCAAUGUGUAUGCCUUAUAUUAAAACACAUCUGUUUCAAAACUAGCUCAUAGUGAUGAGGAACUCUUUAGAGCAGGCUUGGUCAACCUGUGGCUCUCCAGCUAUUGUGAAACCACAGUCCCAGCAUUCUUUACCAGCUGAUCGGUGGGAAGUAUGCUGGAGCUUGUAGUUACGCACAGCUGGAGAGGCACAAGUAAGUCAGGUCUGCUUUGGUGUGGCUGAAGUUUUCUCAUUAGCCAGUGCUGGAAAUCCUGAGGGCUGCGUAAUGAAACAGACUGCCUUUAUGAUAAAAGUAAAUGAAGACCUUAAGAAAAAAUUCAUAAAAUCAUAGAAGGUUUGUGCUUUUCAAAAGUAAAAUAAUUUACACAGACCUACCUGCAUACUCUAUUAAUUGGAAACUGCUCUGGCUUUCUUACCCAAACAAGCUUCAAAACACCACCAUUUUAUUUUGUUUUGUCAUUUAAUUAAGUGCCAUUGUAUUCAGUUGAGUUUUGUUUUUUAUUUUAAGUGCCAUUGUAUUCAGUUUCACUUGGUAAGUGGCAGAGGACAUGAAUUCAGUCCACAAGCACAGAAACAGUAGCAGUAGGAGUUUUAAACAGUUUUUAUUUUUAUUUUUUGCUUUUAUUUCAGUUUUUAUAUAGAAUUAUUAUGUUGCAUUAAAAUAAGGUAGGCAGCUUUUUUGUUUUUCCUCAAUAGAGAUUGUAUGUGUGUGAUAAUGUAAUGUUCUUUUCCAGUUUUUGCAUUACAGUUUAAUAUACUUUUUUAUUUAAAACCUAUUUGGAGAAUACCACGUGAUGCAUUUUUUGUAUAAUGUAUUGGAUUUUGUAAAUACGUAUUUCCUGAUGUGAUUUUUGUGAGAAACGCUAAAUCUUUUAGUAUAUCAUGUCCUCUCCAAAUUGGCAGGAGCUAAAUGAUAGUUUGUGGGCAAUUUGUAUUGUGUACUGUACAAUAACUGGGGAACUUUUAUAAUUAUAAAAUAUAUAUAUAUAUAUUAACUUUUAGUGUGUUGUUUAAAAAAUGACUGGAACAUACUAAAGAUAUUAGUAGGAUUUUUCUGAAUAUUUCAGACUUGAACUCAGGCUAGCUUUCUUGUGUUGUUUUUCAAAACAAAAUUGUGUCUUGUCUUUUAAAAAUUAAUAAAUUUGUUUUCUUGUUACAAA